AUUCACAAGCACUUUUCAACAUGCUGUUUGUAACAAGAGAAAAGCCUUUCUAAAGACUGAAAAAAUUAACGUAACCUCUGCAUUCUGUGGAGCUUAAAAUUAAGUUGCUGAGUUAGAGGUUUCAUGAAGGGAGGGUGGAGUUAGUGGUUCUCUAUGUUUGGCUCAGGUAUAAAAGGAAAGGGUUAAACCAUGCAGCACAGGAGCAACAGCAACUCAAAGCAUCCAGGAGCAACCGGGAGCAACAACUCAACUGCAGCCAACAUGAGCAACACCGGCAUGGGCAUGAGGGGAAAGAUCAUCUUCUACGAGGACAGGAACUUCCAGGGUCGCCACUAUGAGUGCAUGAACGACUGUGCCGACAUGUCCUCCUACAUGAGCAGGUGCCACUCCUGCAGGGUGGAGAGCGGCUGCUUCAUGGUCUACGACCGGACCAACUACAUGGGAAACCAGUACUUCAUGAGGAGGGGAGAGUACGCCGACUACAUGAGCAUGAUGGGAAUGUCUGAUUGCAUCAGGUCUUGCCGUAUGAUCCCCAUGUACAGAGGAUCUUACAGGAUGAGGAUCUAUGAGAGGGAGAACUUCGGUGGUAUGAUGCAUGAGAUGAUGGACGACUGCGACAAUAUCAUGGACCGCUACCGCAUGAGCAACUGCAUGUCCUGCAACGUGAUGGACGGCCACUGGCUGAUGUACGAGCAGCCCCACUACAGAGGCAGGAUGAUGUACUUCAGGCCUGGAGAGUACAGGAACUUCAUGAACAUGGGCAUGAGCGGCAUGAGGUUCAUGAGCAUGAGGCGCAUCAUGGAUUCCUACUACUAA